AUGGGUGAGCAUGAAUCAUGGGCGGUUUCUCCGCCGUCACCCACCGGUUUAUAUCCAAACGGUCUAUUGCCAGGCAAGGCUGCAUCUGUGAUACGUCCGCUCGAUGCGGAACGAUGGGCUAAAGCGGAGGAUAGAACCGCUAAGCUUAUUGCUUGUAUUCAGCCAAAUCCGCCUUCUGAAGAUCGUAGAAAUGCUGUUGCUAGAUAUGUUAGAAGGCUUAUCAUGGAAUGCUUCCCUCGUCAGGUUGAGAUAUUUACUUUUGGAUCUGUACCUCUAAAGACUUAUCUGCCUGACGGAGACAUUGACUUAACAGCCUUCAGCACAAACCAAAAUCUGAAGGAUUCGUGGGCUAAUUUGGUUCGCGAUAUGUUGGAAAAGGAAGAGAAGAAUGAGAAUGCUGAAUUCCAUGUCAAAGAAGUCCAGUACAUUCAGGCAGAAGUAAAGUUAAUCAAGUGUCUGGUGGAGAAUAUUGUAGUGGAUAUAUCUUUCAAUCAGAUUGGAGGGCUGUGUACACUAUGCUUCCUCGAGGAGGUUGAUCAACAAAUUAACCAGAACCAUUUAUUCAAGCGUAGUAUCAUAUUGAUUAAAGCUUGGUGUUAUUACGAGAGCCGUAUAUUGGGGGCUCACCAUGGGCUUAUUUCGACAUAUGCCCUGGAAACCUUGGUUCUUUACAUAUUUCAUGUUUUCAACAACUCAUUUUCUGGACCCCUUGAGGUUCUCUAUCGUUUUCUUGAGUUCUUUAGUAAGUUUGACUGGCUGAAUUUUUGUAUUAGCCUCUGGGGCCCUGUCCCAGUUAGUUCACUACCAGAUGUAACAGCGGAGCCUCCUCGAAGGGAUGUUGGAGAGUUACGGGGUAGCGAAUAUCUAAAAGCUUGUAGUAGAGCUUAUGCAGUUAACUCUGCUGUUCAAGAGACACAGGGGCAACCUUUUGUUUCCAAACAUUUCAAUGUUAUUGACCCUUUGCGUGAAAACAACAAUCUUGGUCGCAGUGUCAGUAAAGGUAACUUCUUCAGGAUACGAAGUGCAUUUACCCUUGGUGCCAAGAAGUUGGCUAGGUUACUUGAAUGCCCUAAGGAGAAUUUGAUCCAUGAGGUUAACCAAUUUUUUAUGAAUACAUGGGAAAGACAUGGCAGUGGUCAACGUCCUGAUGCUCCUGGCAAUGACUUAUGGCUAUCAAGACUGGGAGAUCCUGAGCCAUAUCAUCAAGCUGAAAAUGUUACUAAUUCCUCAAGCAGCAAAAAAAACCAAAAUGCCGCUCGUCUUGGUGGGGUUUAUGAUGCUCGCAGUAUGCCGUCUCAACAAAAUUGUGGAACAGAAGUUAUAUCUCGCACAACAUAUCAAACGCAAAAGAGUUCUGGUAACUCUUACAAACCUGCUCAGGAUGUCAGUUCUAAUCAAAGUGCUUCAAAUGAUAAGCUUCAGCAAACCGGUAAGCCAGAAAUCAAGGUGAAUAGUUUUCAUGGUAAGCGUCUUUUCGCCAGGACCCGGUCUAGCCCUGAGCUUACUGAGACAUACGGUGAAGCUAUUUUGCAAUCACGUCACAGUAGAGCCCCAGAAGCUGGAAAAUGCCAAACUAGUUCUACGAGGGUUGUUAAUAUUAGGAAAGAGAAUCUGGAGUCCGAAACUUUGUCAAACAAUGCCAGAUAUUCAGCUGACUCAUCGUCGGUUAGGCAUACUCCAUCCCCUCGAAGUCCCGAUAGUACUGCUGACAUGAGCAGUGCAGUGAACAGUUAUUAUGAUGACUUAGGUUCAGUUUCCGUGAAUGAAGAUUUUUCUGCUGCAGGGGAACAGGGAAUGCAACAGGAAGAGCAAGAUCUUGUUAACUCAAUGACAUCUGUUGGGCAAGGUUUUAAUGGACACUUCCCUUUCCCGUUCAAUUUUUCUACGGGUCACUUACCAUUUCCAAUUACACCUUCCAUCUUAGCUUCGAUGGGUUAUGGUCAAAGGAAUGUGCCUGGUAUUGUUCCUUCUAACCUUCCUUUCAUUGAGACACCUUGGAGUACGAAUGUGCAAUAUCCGCAAAACUUUGUUUCUUCAUCAUUUACCCAUUAUUUUCCCAGUGGAUCCCACCCCAUUUCAGAAAAGCCGAGCAGAGCUGGUAAUGACAACAUGGGGUCUGCUGAAAUGACUGCUGACGAGUCUGACCAUGAUACCUGGCAUGAUCAAGAGAGGGGAACACUUAGUUUUGGACUUGAAAAUGGUGGUUAUGGAAUGCAUCAGGCAGAUUAUAAACAUCAGUCAUCUUCUGCAGAGCACAGUUUUGUACCCUCAAGUCGAAAAACACGAUCAACAAGGGGAAAUGAUUUGGAAAAUUCUCACUCUCCAGUCAGGGGAGGUAAUCAGAUUCAGAAUGAGGAGAUAAAUGCAGGCUCUAGAUCUGUGUCUUGUGCUAGUUCCGUUAAAAGCAGGACUUCAUCUGAAAGCUCUUGGGAUGGAUCAACUACAAGGGGCGCAAAGCCAGGUAGACGGAAUAGGAAAGUAGUUUCUGGGGGUGCAUCUGCACUGUAUGGAAAAGGGAAGAGCGUUCCUGAGCACUCAAUACAGAUUGAUGAUGGUAACAGAGAGUGGAUUCCUGUAUCAAGCAAUGAAAUAACAGAAAGGGAUCUCCGCUCUCGGCCUACUGUUGCUUCAUUUCAAUUUCCGAGGCAUCAACUACAUGGUCAUGAGCCAGCUCAGGUAAGUGGAUCAGAGUCCACAGUGUCCCUUGCUCCAUUUCUCCUUGGCCAUGGCAUGCAACAAAACGAGGUUGAUAAUUCUGGAUAUACUUUUUAUCCCACUGGGCCACCUGUUCCUAUCGUCGCAAUGUUUCCAAUGUGCAACUAUCCAGCUGGUGGUAAUGCGACAUCAGAUGCUCUGGCAAGCCACCUCAAUGUGGAUGAAGGAGUAGAGAAUCAUGAUCCCUGUAAAAGUUUUGACUUAUCCAGGGGAGUUGAACAGUCUGAGAUAGUAGUUUCUUCGCUCUCCACUAGAAUGGGCUCUUCUGCAGAACCAACGGAGCAUAAAAAUGAUAUUCUUAAUGGUGAUUUAGUAAGCCAUUGGCAUAAUUUGCAGUAUGGCCGCUCUUGCCAGAAUUCUCAACAUCCGCAUCUGCUGUUUCCUUCUCCUGUUGUAGUGCCACCUGCUUAUCUCCAGGGUCGUUUACCAUGGGAUGGUCCUGGAAGACCUCUUGCUUACCCCAAUGUCGUGAAUCAGCUCAUGACCUACGGACCUCGUCUUGUACCUGUUGCUCCUGUACAACCUGUUUCAACCAGGCCACCCAACAUUUACCCUCGUUACGCUAAUGAUACUCCGAGAUAUCGAAGUGGGACAGGGACCUAUUUUCCAAAUCCUAAGAUUUCCCCUAGGGAGCAGCGUCCUACAUCUGGCGUGAGGCGUGGGAAUUAUGGGCAUGACAGAAAUGAGCAUCACAGUGAUAGGGAAGGGAAUUGGAAUGCUGGUGCAAAGACACGGGGUUCUGGACGUAGCCACAACAAUCGUAACCAAGCUGAUAAUAAGCCAAACUUGAGGCAAGAGCGAUCUGAUAGGCAAUGGGGGUCGUCGUAUAGGCAUGAAUCGUCCUCGUAUUCUUCUCAUCAUUCUCAAAACGGUCCUAUUCGCUCAAACACUUCACAAGAUGCUUCUGGAAAUAUUGCAUAUGGCAUGUACCGAUUGCCGCCGGGGAUGAAGCAAAACAGUUCAGAGGGGCACAAUGGUCCAUCUGUCAUGAUGUUUUAUCCAUAUGAUCAUAAUAAUGUUUACAAUUCAUCAUCUGAACAUCUCGAGUUUGGGUCUGUUGGACCGGGGAGUGAAGCGCCACAUCCAAAUGACGGAAACAUAUCAGCUGGUGGGGCAUAUGAAGGUCAGCCAAGGUUUCGUGGCGUUGCUGCUUCUGCUCACAUGUCUUCACCUGAUGAUCCUUCCUCGCCUCGCUUCUCCAGGUAA